UAAAGUCAUGGGUGAAGACUUUAUUCCUGAGCCGGAGCGUCUGCUGACAUUUGUGAGAAAACUUAAAGAGGUGUUUGACGUGUGUGACGAGGACUCAGACGGGUUUAUCCGUCCUGAACACUUUGUGCAGUUGGGUUCUCAGUUUGGACAAACAGAACAGGUGAAGAAGUUGGCCAAAUGUCUGGACCCCGAUUCUCAUGGGAGGAUCAACUUCAAAGACUUCUGCCGUGGUGUCCUCACCAUGAAAGGUUAUGUUGGGAUCCUUAAAAAGAAAAGUGGGGCACGGUUCACCACAAGGCCAUAUGAGAUGGCUAAGAGUUGCUAUCGGGUGUGUGCCUUUAUCCGAGAUUGCGUUUCACUGCUCAUCAUUUUCUCCACACAGUGA